GACUGUUGCAACGCCUCUUGACGAUCAAUUGGACACAUUGAAUACAUUAUUGUUUCAUGGCAGUGUUACACCUACUUAAUUUCUCUAUUUUCGAUCAGUGUUUCCGCACUGCUUGUCUAUGAAUAAAUGCACCACAUGUUCAUGUUCUUAAGAGACAAAGAACCAGACAAAUACAAAAACUGGUUUGGGUGUUUUUCCCUCACACUCUUUCGUUUGAACCAUUCCAGCUGUCAACGACGGGGGUUUUGCAGGGACGGACUGCGCUUUUCCAUUUGAAAGUUCAACUGAUGAAACCAACACAAAUGAAGAUCAACCAUGAAGGUGGAUUUACCUACAUUUGCAACAUGGCUGCUACGGUGACUGUAUGGCAAAAGUUUAGUACUGACGUGGGAGAAGUUUUAUACUGAUCGAGUUCAUGCAUAAAUUGUCGUUUGUAAUAUUGUCAAUAUUUACUAUUCUCGUACCGAACAACUGGACACGGUGGAGUAGGCUAGGCUACCCGAACAAAUGCUCACGAAAGAGGCCACUUUCUUCUCAUGAUUGUAGUCAUCAACAACCAGUCGCUGCAAUAGACUUUCUCUGAAUUUGUGGUGACUUCUCCAUCGCCUUCACCUUGGUUCGAGGUACCUCCCGUUCUGUAUUUGAAUUGUAACCUAAAAUGCAUUUUUCCAUACCCGAAACGGAGGUUCGUUCGGGAGAAAACAGAUCAACAUAUGUGGCCUAUAAUAUCCAUGUUAACGGUGUCCUGCACUGUCGUGUGCGCUACAGUCAACUCCUGGGUCUUCAUGAACAGAUAAAGAAAGAGUAUGGGAAUAAUGUGGUACCUGCCUUCCCCCCAAAGAAGAUCUUCACUCUCACACCUGCAGAGGUGGAACAGAGGCGAGAACAGCUGGAGAAGUACAUGCAAGCUGUGCGUCAAGACCCCAUGCUCGGAUCCAGCGAGUUGUUCAACAGCUUCCUAAGAAAAGCCCAGCAGGAGACCCAGCAGAUCCCUACUGAAGAGGCCCAGCUGGAGGUCUACCUGUCCAACGGUCAGAAGGUCAAGGUGGAUAUCCUGACCUCUGACCAGACAGAAGAUGUUCUUGAGGCUGUUGCAACAAAGCUGGACCUUCCUGACGACCUGGUUGGCUACUUCAGUCUCUUCCUGGUGCGGGAGGGUGUAGACGGAGGCUUAACAUUUGUGAGGAAGCUGCAGGAGUUUGAGUUGCCGUAUGUUUCUGUAUCCAGCCUGCACAGCUCUGAGUUCCACAUUGUCCUCAGGAAGAGCUACUGGGACACAGCAUACGACAGUGAUGUCAUGGACAACAGAGUAGGCUUGAACCUGCUAUAUGCCCAGACGGUGUCUGACAUUGAGCGAGGCUGGAUACUAGUCAACAAAGACCAGCACAGGCAGCUCAAAUCACUGCAAGAGAAAGGCUCAAAGAAGGAGUUUAUCCGGCUAGGUCAGACGCUCAAGUACUUUGGCUACAUCAAGUUCGACCCGUGCAUCACAGACUUCCCUGAAAAGGGCUGCCAUGUGAUUGUGAGCGCGGGCAACAAUGAGCUCAACUUCCACGUCAAGCUGCCCAACGAGCAGAUGAAGGAAGGCAGUUUCAAGGUCACACGGAUGAGGUGCUGGAGGGUCACCUCCUCACAGGUCCCGGUAGCCAACGGCACAGCCACCCCCUGCAGCUCAGCCAAGUGUGAGGUGAAGCUGGAGCUGGCCUUCGAGUACCUGAUGAGCAAGGACCGCCUGCAGUGGGUCACCGUCACCAGUCCACAGGCCAUCAUGAUGAGUAUCUGUCUCCAGUCUAUGGUGGACGAACUUAUGGUGAAGAAGUCCGGUGGGAGCGUCAAGAAGAUGCUGAGAAAACGUCACAAUGGCUCCAUCCACCGGUCUGACAGUCAGCAAGCUGUGAAAUCCCCCCCUCUACUGGACUCCCCAGACCCAAAUCGUGAACAGAUUGUCAAACUCUCAACCAAGCUGAACUCUGUCUCUCUCAGAGGGAUCAGCGCCUCCAACUCUGCCAAUGACAUCAGCGGCACCGAUUUCCACGGCAAUUAUGCAUUCGAGGGCAUCGGAGACGAUGACCUGUAAUCUCUUGGCCCCUCCCACCCGCCCACAUCGAACGCGGCCUCAAAGAUUCCAAGCCAAGCUGAGCCGAGCAAAGCCAAGGCCUCCCAUUCUGCAAGACUGUAGCCUCCUCUGGGGGUAUUCACUGCCUUAAACUCUGUUGUCAUGUCCGAUACUCAUUGACCUUUCUAUGACUGACCAACUUCUGUUGUAUUUGUCACUUCAUCCAUUCCUACUCACGACUUUGUCAUAUUAUAUUAUUGUCAAGAAUAUCUGAUGUAAUUCAGAAAAUAGCUAUUCAAAAUGGUUUCAAUCAAGACAAGUCACUCAGUUUAAAGCAUUGUUUGUAGCAGGUUUUGUCAGUUUCUUUUUUUGUGAGAACGACCACAUUCUUGCCAAUUCUAUUGUUUGCACAUCAUGUUCUUAUCACUGUGUCACAGAGAAUCCCUUUGAUUGGUUUAUUGUACAAAAUACAAAAUAACUUUGUCAAACCAUUCCCUUUAUAUGCUACUCUGAAUCAGGUUAGUGCAAAAGAAUAUCUAAUCAACCAUGAGAGACAGUGUCAGAUCUGUAAUUCUUUAUUUUUCUUCACUGUUGUUUCUGACAAGGAGACCAGAUAGUAAAAAAGGCUUAACACUAGUGACAAAGACUAUUCUGUAGAACAGCCAAACAAAGGAUUCCUUGUAAUUCUUCUAUUAUUUAGUGAGUUUAAAUGUUAUGGGAAAGUUCAUUCUUAAUCCAACGUGCCAAAUAGUUUAUUUUCAUUUACUGAGUUUUUAUAAUAUGUUGGUUUUGAACUAAUCUAUUUGUUAUUGAAGAUGGAAUGCUGGCAGAAGUAGUGUAGUACAGUACUUUGCAUACCAAUGUGGGGUUUGACUUGAUUCUCAAUGUUCUCAACGUUUUUCUGCGCCUUAACUGUACUGGUUGCUUCUCCUUUCAACUUGUCAAAACUCUACUAAUCCAGCUUGGGUUUGCUAUUGGUUGAAAACUCAAAUGUAUGAUCAACCUUAGCCAAUGGCAGCGUGCUAGCUAUAAUCUUGCAGAACGUGAAAGAGUUUGAUUGGCUGGUUUGGCCAACCUGCUUGCACUUGCUGAAGCUGAUCAUUUUGCACAGUCAUACAGAUGGAGAUGGAUAUUUAUUAAGUGGACAAAUAGAGCAUGAUGAACAAGGAACAUUCUAGAAAAAUCCAUCUUUUGAUUUCUUUGUGUAUUCCAACCAAUUUUUUAAGGUUUCUCAUAAAUGCCAAAAUUAUAGUUUACUAAAGCAUUUUGCACAAGAGACAUUUAAAAAAUCAUGGUAAUGAAACUUUUAUAUAUGUACAUGCAAUUAAGAAAAAGUAUUCUAAACAUUUACUAAUAUCUGUAUUAUCAAUAGUUUAUUGUAAUCAAAUAGAUCAAAUUCAAUCUAGGCUGUAUAAAGGAAUAGAAAAACUAACAUUUAUCAUUGUUUACAGAAUGUUUUAGGUAACUAUAGCUAGACUAGUUGGAAUGAUAAGUGUUUACAUCUUUCCACAUCUGAUUUGAGUUGAUUAUCUGAUUUUGGAGAGCAAACGGUUUGUGUGGAACAUUUCUUUUUGGGUUCAUUUUGUGAUUUUAUUUUGUAUUUUGUCAUCUCAGAGGAUGACUAGACCUUGGACUUCAGCUUUACUACAGAAGCAGGGGAUAAAAGUAAGACAUUAGUGUCCUGGAAUAUCCUUAUGUCUUGAGUUAAUUGGAAAAAUAUUUCGGAGUAUUUUCAUUCAAAUUGAGAAGCCCACAUAUUUCCUUUUUUAAAUCUUAUAUUAAAAGGAUCUCGUUUGGUCCUUGUACCAGAGAAGAUUGAGUUUUCAGUUGAUAACCGAAACAGAGAUGUUUUCCAGCACACCGGCUAGAUUUAAAAUGGUAAUUACGGCUAGUUUGCGACAGAUGUAAUUCUAACUUCCAACUGCAACUCAUUCCUUCUCAUUAGCUCUAGUGGUGGAAUCCAGCUGUAUCACAAACAUGUUUUUUCCGUAUCCUGUAAAUGAAUGAAAACCUAUCGUUUAUCUGUCAGCUGUUUCUCUUGCUCAUACUGUGUUUUCAGUCAUGUGUGGAUGAAAACACGUGUGGAUGAAAUCAUUCUCUUAAUUGGAGAGUAUCAACAUGGGGUCCAUCCAGAUGAUUAUUUUUCAUUGCUGUAUUUUACAGAACAAAUAAAUGGGAGCUUCAAAGUCUUGGAUUUCAAUACAUGUGUAGGUGCCAAAUAAAAUCCAUGAGCCUAAA